AUAACAAUAGUACGCACAAUGUUGAGUUGCGGCUAAGUUCAGUCUUCAGUGCUGUACUAAGAUUGUGCCACGAUGGGGGAGAUGUCAGUGAAGUCUCUUUUGUAAACAGUUCAUUUCAAUUAUUAUGUAUACCCUUUUUUACGGACUUUACAAAUAUCUAGUACAAAAAGAUGAAUACUGUAUUCUUAUUCUCGGACUUGAUAAUGCGGGUAAAUCCACAUACCUCGAAGCUGCCAAGACAAAGUUCACGAAAAAAUAUAAGGGAAUAAGUCCCAACAAAAUAACAACCACAGUAGGUUUAAACAUUGGAAAAAUAGACAUUGCUGGAAUCAGACUUAAUUUUUGGGAUUUGGGCGGUCAGGAGGAACUCCAGUCUCUGUGGGACAAGUAUUAUGCAGAAUCCCAUGCUGUGAUAUACAUAGUAGAUUCGUCAGACAGAGACCGGAUUCCUGCAUCAAAGGAAGCUUUUGAUAAGAUGAUUUCAAGUGAAAGCCUGAUUGGGGUACCUCUUCUUGUUCUGGCAAAUAAACAAGAUAUCCCUGACUGUAUGGGUGUUCGUGAAGUUAAGCCAAUUUUCAACAAAAGUGCACAUCUCAUUGGUCGUAGGGAUUGUAUGGUGAUGCCAGUGUCUGCAUUAACAGGAGAUGGAAUAAAUGAGGGAAUACGGUGGCUUGUAGAUUGUAUAAAACGGAACAGUGACAUACGCCCACCAAGAAAUCAAGAUGAUACAUAAUGGUCCCAGUGACCAAAAAUGUGAUAGUAUUUACAUUCCUAUGGAAGAAAGCUGUCCUUGUGUGAUGUUGACAAGAUAAAAGAUUUUGGAGCCUGGGGAAAUUCACACACAGGGCUAAAAGUGAUAUGUCAUAUUUCAUCUGUUGUACAAAAUAUACAUCAUUUUAUAAGACAUAAACAUUGGUUAAUCCUGCCUUGUAUUUCGUGUUUGAUAAAUAAAGUAUUUAAAAUUUUAA